UGAGCUUCUCGAGCUGAUUGCAAGACACAAACUGACCUGGAACUUCCACGUUCGACCUCGCAGAACGCAUCCAAUACGCUGUGUAACUAGUUGCAGAGAAAGGCUGCAAUUACCGCCAUGUCGGCAUGCCAGGCUUGUCAUUUCCGGCUCGAGAUCGCCACUGUCGUCUUUCCGCCUCCUUGGCCAUGAACAACUCCACCAUGGCCGCUCUCGGGCGCAGCUGUCUCUACCUUAGAAGACGAGGAGUAGCUGGAGGUUUCCGCUUCCUUUCUGUAUCAGCCGUCCAUAGGAAGAUUCUCGAUGCUGCGACCCUCCCCGACCGGACCGUGCCUCAUUACCAGCAGACAAAAACAUCGUCGCUGCUCUCGCUACAGUGGCCGCAGCCGCCGCGGAACAUCCUGCUUAUGCCCAAGCUGAGCGCGCCUCGAGUCACCAUCAAAGCGAUUGAGUUUGCAAAACAUAUUUACAACAACUAUCCGGGACUCAACCUUGUCUUCGAGAGCCAUAUCGCCAAUGACAUUCACGAAACGCUGACCUUUCCGGUCUACACGACCGACCCGAUCCAGGCGCCGACGCUCUUCGCCAAAAAGAUCGACCUAGUCACCACCAUGGGCGGGGACGGCACCAUCCUCCGGGCAGCGAGUCUGUUCUCGAUGCACAACAGCGUACCCCCGAUCCUGUCCUUCAGCAUGGGGACCCUCGGCUUUCUGGGGGAGUGGAAGUUUGGCGAGUACAAGCGGGCCUGGAGGGAAUGCUACAUGAGCGGCUGCUCCGUGACCGUCGAAGACCUCGUCGACCCGCACACUCGCGCGGCCGUAGCAGGUGCGCAGCUGUCGGGCGAUAACAACGACUUCCUCCCGCUCUCGGCCUGGGACAGCGUCCGCGGCAACGGGCAAUGCAUGGGUCUCAGCCGGACCUCCAAGAUCCUGCUCCGGAACCGGCUCCGGGUAGGCAUCUACGACAGCCAGGGCCGGAACAUCAACGAGCAACUCCUCCCCACCUCGACUGCGGAGCCCGACCUCGGCCCGCCCGUCUCCAACCUUAUGAAACCCCCCUACCUGCACGCCAUCAACGAGGUCUCGAUCGACCGCGGCUCCCACCCGCACCUGGCCAUCAUCGACAUCUACGUCAACGGCCACUUCCUGACCGAGGCGGUCGCCGAUGGCAUCCUCAUCAGCACGCCCACGGGCUCGACCGCUUACUCGCUCAGCGCGGGCGGCUCCAUCGUCCACCCGCUCGUCAAGUCCCUCCUCAUCACGCCCAUCAGUCCGCGUAGCCUCAGCUUCCGCCCGCUCGUCCUGCCGCUGCACACCAAGGUCGUGCUCAAGCUGAGCAAGCGCAACAGGGGGCGGGAGCUGCCCGUCAGCAUCGACGGUAAGAGGCGGGUCGGGGUGACCAUUGGCAUGGAGGUGAGGGUCGAGGGGGAGCGAUUAGAGAAGGGAGUUGACGGAUGGCGUGGCGGCGUGCCGUGCGUGAUCCGCGCUUCGUCGACAAAGGGCGGGGAUCCGGGGGGUAUUGCUGAGGACGACGAUUCGUGGGUGGGUGGGCUGAACGGGUUGCUGAAGUUUAACUAUCCCUUUGGGGAGCCCGUGGAGGAGCUGUAGGGCAGCUCCAUUUACGAGUCGGCACAUGCAUGGGGACGGCUUGGAUGUUUUGGAAUAGUGCUGGAUCGAAGACAUGGAAGAGUUUGAUACCCUGCAAUAAAACUGCUAAUGAUGAGGCUGCUGGACGGUCUGCUGGUCUGACCAGCGGCAGUGAGUGCCGUUUCCGUGCCCCCUCGGAGAAUGACCUGCUGCUGAAGGAUGCAGCGACGACAACAUGACAUGGCAGUUGAGAAUUGGCGCAGAGAUACAAGUGAAUCUUCGCUCAGUUCCUGUUUUCUUUCUCGAACCGGGGUGACUGACCUGACCGUUUGGAUCACUGGUACUCCAGUCCUUGAAAAUCUUUAGGUUGGCCCAUGGUAACGUCAGCUGCUCUCAGUGGCUUUCGAGAUGAGUGGUGAGCGCAGAUGCCGCAAUAACGGAA